AGACGCAAUCCUCCUCAGGAACCAGCCCACCUUGCGUAUGGAAAUAUGGCGGCCCCUGCGUCGACGACUACUCGAUAAACAUUUAUUCCUGAAAACUUCUUUCAACACUAAGAGAUACUGAAAACCAUUAGAGGUGUUCAUACCAGGGGAGUGUGCCUUACUGUUGCGGAUAGUUUUUUUAGAGAAACAACCUGACAGCGCUCGGGCAAACGCGAGAGAAGUCAGGUUGAGUGGCAGAGCUGAAGUGCCUCAGGUCCGGGUGUAGCGUUAUCUGGAGCCCGGGAGCGAGAGAGCGACGGAAAGCUUGGACACGGAAGUCGAGGAGAGGAAUUUGGCAGCAGAUAAUAAACCCGUGAAGUGUGUGAAACGUGUUGAGAAUAAGUUCGGGAUGAGUUCAGUCGCUGGUUUAUUGUGCUCACGACUCGUUUGGAAAACUUCCCAACUAAGUUAACCUGUUGUUGACUAGCUAACUAGCGAGUGAAGCUGAGGCGAAGUGCAGCCAAGCGAGGACCUGUUAGCUAGGCGAUGCUAAACUACCUUUAACAUUAAACUGUAACUCUUAAUAGGUGAGUACUAAUAUGUCAAGUUAUAUAACAUUGCAGUUCACCAGGUGUUUAAUGGUAGAGCAGGUAGACAGUUUGAGUCAUGGAUUUAUAACUUGCACAAAGAUUUCAGAGUAGCUAUAAUAAUAAUAAUAAUAAUAAUAAUAACAAUAUGACAUGCACUAAUAUUAAGUGUGAACUGACCACAUUCCUUUAAUUUUUUAAAAAUCCCUGUUAUCAGCCUUAUGAUUAUUCAUUGGAUGUAUUUCUAUUUAAUUUUUAAAUGCCAAUCUAAAGAUAUACUCUAAAUCUAUACCCCUAACACAGAAAUACACUAUAGUUCUGCAAUUUAUGCAGUUUUCAGUACAUUUUGUACUGACAGUAACCAAAUAAUUGCCAUAAUAUCCUUUUUUAUUAACUGUAAAUGUUCUCAGGAUAAAUCUUUAAACAAGCUUGACAAUAAUAAUGGUUCUCCACCAGGUCCUUAUAUGUGCCUCGUACGCUACUCGGCACCUGGAUGCUUUAGUCAUGUCAUGUUAGUUUCAGAAAUGCUGUGGUUCGAGUUAUCGUUUCUGAACAUAGAAUGUAGUUUCACAUCCUCGUCUUUGUAACCAUAUUCCGUGGUGAGAUGAUUUGAUUUUAUGAUUUACUUUUCACCCACCUGUGUGUGGUAACGUCUAAAAAUCAGCACCUCUACUCAAUUCAUGACAAAUAACGAAACCAGCGAGGAUCCGGGUCGGCCUUGCCGCUGUGGUGGACAGGGAAAAGCGUCAGGUUUUGGGAUUUGGGAUCUGGAGGUCACACGAUCACGGGCCACACUGACUGAGAGUGUGCUCCUUGAAGUGGCCUUCAUAACGGAGCGGCUCCCUUUGAGCCCGUUUCAAUCCACCGCUCCAAGACCGAGAUCGUGAACGUAAUCGGUUGUGAUUCCCGGCUCCGGCCUGGCAUCCUGCCCUUAUGGGGCAGCAGCCAGGGAAGUUUGUUGGCGACCAACGGAGGCCGAGUCUGCCUGCUCUGAACUUCAUCAAGAGCGGAGGGAAGAGGGACUCGUCGCGCCAUGGACCUCAGCCCUGCAACGUGUUUGCAGUUCAUGAAGCUCUUCAGCGACCGGAUUUUGAGCCCUCUGGUCUGUCUGAGGCGGCGCGCUGGAACUCUAAAGAGAACCUGUUGGCAGGACCCAGUGAAAAUGACCCCAAUCUGUUUGUAGCACUGUACGACUUUGUAGCGAGUGGUGACAACACACUCAGCAUCACUAAAGGAGAGAAGCUGCGAGUGCUAGGUUACAAUCACAAUGGCGAGUGGUGUGAAGCGCAGACCAAGAAUGGUCAGGGCUGGGUGCCCAGCAACUAUAUCACUCCUGUCAACAGUUUGGAGAAGCACAGCUGGUACCACGGGCCAGUGUCCCGCAACGCCGCCGAGUAUCUGCUCAGCAGCGGCAUCAACGGCAGCUUCCUGGUGCGAGAGAGUGAGAGCAGCCCGGGCCAGCGUUCCAUCUCACUACGCUACGAGGGUCGAGUCUACCACUACCGCAUCAAUACAGCCUCUGACGGCAAGCUUUAUGUAUCAUCAGAGAGUCGUUUCAACACACUGGCUGAGUUGGUGCAUCACCAUUCCACCGUAGCAGACGGCCUCAUCACGACACUACACUACCCAGCACCCAAACGCAACAAGCCUACGAUCUACGGUGUCUCACCCAACUACGACAAGUGGGAAAUGGAGCGCACAGACAUUACUAUGAAACACAAGCUGGGUGGAGGCCAGUAUGGAGAGGUGUACGAGGGAGUCUGGAAAAAGUACAAUCUCACUGUUGCUGUGAAAACACUAAAGGAGGACACAAUGGAGGUAGAAGAGUUCCUGAAGGAGGCUGCAGUCAUGAAAGAAAUCAAACAUCCCAAUUUGGUCCAACUAUUAGGUGUUUGUACACGGGAGCCUCCCUUCUACAUCAUCACAGAGUUCAUGACCCAUGGUAACCUACUGGACUACCUGCGUGAGUGUAACCGCGAGGAGGUCAAUGCUGUGGUGCUGCUCUACAUGGCCACUCAGAUUUCCUCUGCAAUGGAGUACUUGGAGAAGAAGAAUUUUAUUCACAGGGACUUGGCUGCCCGCAACUGCUUGGUUGGGGAGAACCACUUGGUGAAGGUAGCAGAUUUUGGUUUGAGUCGUCUGAUGACGGGAGACACAUACACAGCUCACGCUGGAGCCAAGUUUCCUAUCAAAUGGACUGCACCAGAAAGCCUGGCAUAUAAUAAAUUCUCAAUCAAAUCAGAUGUAUGGGCUUUUGGAGUGCUGCUAUGGGAGAUUGCCACCUAUGGGAUGUCCCCAUACCCUGGGAUUGAUUUGUCUCAAGUGUAUGAGCUACUUGAGAAGGACUAUCGCAUGGACAGACCUGAGGGAUGCCCAGAGAAGGUCUAUGAACUAAUGAGAGCCUGUUGGAAAUGGAACCCAGCAGAGAGGCCAUCCUUUGCUGAGACCCAUCAAGCGUUUGAAACUAUGUUUCAGGAAUCUAGCAUCUCAGACGAGGUGGAGAAAGAACUGGGGAAGAAGGGUAAGAAGCUGACACUUGGCUCCAUACAGCAGGCCCCAGAGCUACCAACCAAAACUAGGACGAUACGCAGACCCAUGGAGAAAGAUGGAGACAGCCCUGACGGUGCUGAAGCAGAGGUAGCUGUGUCACCAAUGCUUCCUCGAAAAGAGAGGCUUUUGGUAGAUAGCAAUCUAAAUGAGGAGCCAAAAUCAAAGACCAGCCUCAACCCCUUGAUCAGCUUAAUCAAAAAGAAAAAGAAAACCGCUCCUACCCCUCCAACACGUAGCAGUUCCUUUAAGCACCCCAGGGAUGAUUUUAACAAUGGCUCUUCACUUAAUGAUGCGAUGCUAGGUAUCGACCCUUCAAAGUUCCUCUGCCUCAAUAAUAAUGGAGCUGGCGGUGUCACCAAUGGAGCCCCCGCAUAUCCUGGUCAGGUUUUUCCUCCACACCCACGGAAAAAGGGCACACCAGGAACCUCCAGUGUUGGGAGAUUGGCCACAACGCCCCCAGGUGAGGAAGAUCUGUCCAACUCGAAGCGCUUUCAGAGGUCCUCAUCAGCCUCCAGCAUGCCCCCAGGGUCAGACCGUACAGAGUGGAAGUCGGUCACUCUCCCCCGUGACGUGCAGUCUCGCCACUUUGACUCAAGCACCUUGGGAAGCAAACCUGCCCUGCCCCGCAAGAGCACACCACGUGGUGGCACUCUUACCCCACCCCCACGCCUGUCCAAGAAGACUGAAGAUGCUUUAGACGAGGUUUUUAAGGAUACUGAAUCUAGUCCAGGAUCAAGCCCCCAGACCCUCACCCCCAAGUUGGGUCAUCGGCCACAAAUGCAGAGCGAAAGCUCCAAAACUAGUGCCUUCCAAGCAGACCUGCUUAAAUCGAAUGCACUCUCUGCCCUGGGAGCAGCCGGGGAGGAGUGCAGAGCACGCAGACACAAACAACCUCUAGAUAUCUCGGGUCAGCGAGAGAAGGAUAGGGGGAAGUUUACAAAGUCCAAGCCAGCUCCUCCUCCACCUCCACCCUCAAGUGUCAAAUCUGGGAAGGUUUCAAGGAGCCCCACACAAGACCUAACUGCUGACACUAAAGUCAAAGUCAGUCUUGACCUAAGCCCCUCUGGCUCUGAACAAGGCAGGUCCUUCUUGCCCCAGGAAAGUACCAAAAAACCUAGCACCUCGAAAGCACAGCCAUCAAAGACCACACCGACUUCUCCAACCAGUCAGCCACUCGGAGUAGUGUCCAGCUCACCUGCUGGAGAUCAGGGCUCGGCUACAGCUUUCAUCCCCCUCGUGACUACACGCCGCUCUUUGAGGAAAACGCGUCAGAAUGAACGUAUUCCCAACUCAACCAUCACACGGGAAAUGGUCCUGGAGAGCACAGAGCUUCUGCGUGCUGCCAUCAGCAGGAACUCUGAGCAAACAGGCAGUCACAACGCGGUUUUGGAAGCUGGCAACAACCUGUCGAAGUACUGCCUGAGCUAUGUGGACUCCAUACAGCAGAUGAGGAACAAGUUUGCAUUCCGUGAGGCCAUCAACAAGCUGGAGAACAGCCUGAGGGAGCUGCAGAUCUGUCCUACAGCCACUGGGGGUGCCAGCACACCACAAGACUUUACCAAGCUCCUAUCCUCUGUCAAAGAGAUUAGUGACAUUGUUCAGAGGUAGCGGAAGUGCCUCAAUCCUCCCUUUAGUUUUCCCCUCUUCAGGGUAACCAGCAGAGUAAUGAUCUUGGCAAGGCAGAUUAAGAGGGGGGAAUUUUUUUUCUGAAUGGCUGUGACAUACAUUUUUUCCUAAACAAUCUGAAAUCACCUCUCGUUUUAAAAAAUACUGUAGGACUCAAUAUACUGUAGGUUGCAUAUCAUAGGACAGAAGUAUCUUGGUGUUGAGCACAAAUUCAAAAGAACCUUCAUGUCAAUUGGAUUUGAUCAUAAAGAAUCUGAAAAGAUCCAAGCCUGAGUAUUAGUUACGUUGGAAAAUUGGGUCUGUAAUAACAUGUAUUUCUUAAAAACAAAGUCUUCUCUGAUUUUGUUGAUUACAGUAUCAAAGUCAAACCUCACACUGUGUGUUAUCUGGGGUUCACUCAAGAAGUCCACUCUAGAUUUUUGUGUACAGAUGGGAGACUAUCAUGGUUUUGACCAAGACCUUUGUUCCCCAGCUUGGUUUUUCAUUUUUUUGUGUUUUUUCAGUAAAGGGCUCUGUUGUGUGAUGUGUUACAGCCCCAUUGUUAAUAUUGAGCCCAGUUAAGUAUUAGAGAAUCACUGUGCCAUAAAGGUUCCAAAUCAGUGCAGUUCUUUCUUUUGAACAGAUGUGCCUUAAACGUUGUUGCCCUUAAAGACUGUCUCGCCAAUAUUCAGCGAUGUGGCCUUGAAAAACCAGGACAUUUUAACUUAUACAUUCAUCUACAGUAAUUGACACGGAUGUUUGAUUCCGAACACUACUGUCUCUAGGAGCCGGAGAAGGACUGGUAAAGUAAGACCAGCAACACAAAAACCUAUGUAUCUGAAUGUUUUUAUUUUAUCUAAUGUUAUGUAAGAAUGCAAGCCGGCACUCAUUACGUCACUUCGUAAUGUUCUGCACACCACUCACAAAGAUCCCAGUUACACCUGGUUGUUCUGUGCAUCUCGAGCUUCAGGAUUUUAUCUGGAUAUGGACUGAAUACGUUAAACCCUUCCUAAUAUAUUACAUCACUACUAAUGUCACCUCAGGACAGGAGAUCAUAGCCAAAGCCACUUCCUCUUUUCCUGGAAACGAGGAGCUGCUGGUCCCAUGUAAUGAGCAAAUUUGCAUUAAUUGACUACAAGUGUAAACGCAUGUGGCUAAAUUCACAUGAAGAUUAAAUCCAAUCCAGGAUGCAUGAAUCAACCAUGUGUAAAUGGGGUUCAAAUUGCUGAGAGACUUUAAGGAUUAGAAUCACUAACAUGAUUCGAGGUUUUCUGAUGUCCCAUGGUUCAGUGGCACGGUCACUCACCUUGUCUUAUAAACGUCAUUAAUGGUAAAGACUGAGAUGUAUCGAGUGCUAAGAAAUUGUAUACUUAACCAACCAAUGAACCUUCACUGCUAAGUCAGAAACUCAUACUAAAAAAAAAGUUCCUUUUCGUUUUAAUCAUAUUGUUUUACAGUAUUAGUGUUUGCAUUUUCGACACUUAGCCCUCUGACUGCGAUGCUUGAGGAUGAGGCCAACCACAAGCUGCCUUAGUUUCAACGUGGUACUGCCAGUGUUGACUUCUGUUUUUAGUCAUGCCACUACUUUUUUUUUUUUUUUUUUAAUGCAAGCAUCACAGUUUUGUACACUAAUUUGCUCAUCUUUGUAAAUACACAUUUCUUACUCUUUCAUUUGUUCCUCUUUGUAACCAUGGUGCAAUUUCUUGCGUAAAAUACAAAGCAAUUUUGUUACUUGAAUGAUGGCAGUUUUUGUUCAUGGUCCAUGUUUACUGGAAAGUCAGUGUUUAAUUUCCUUUAUACCACAGCGCUUUUGAAUUCUCAAUUUGGAUUUGUCGGAAGUCGUUCAUAAAUUUUUUAUAAAAGCGGCUCAGACAGUUGUGCCAGCUGCAAGGCCAAUCACAGUAGGUAACGACUUUCACAGGGACGUUAUAUAGAUGCUUCUUAUAAUCCAAGCCUAAGAAUAAACUGAAUUUUAACAUUUAUGGAAAGUAUCUCCAGUGUCAGCACUAUGUUACGCUCUGUAAGUUUUCCACAACAGGACCGUCUUCAGGAUUUGGCACUUUCCAGUUUCUCAGCAACAUGGCCAGCUGCUUUAUUUUGUCUGAUUAUUUUCGAGAGAGAGGCUGGUGAGGGAACGGAUGUUUAUAGAUGUUAUAAUGCAAGAUAACAGGUCUUGUGGAUGUUCCACAUUACUAAAUGUAACUAUAAAUGUAUAAAGAUACAUGUCUUUCAUUAAUAAAUUAAAAAUUGUAAUAGUUGGCAUAUUGCUGUGGAGUAAGAGGAAUAACACAAAACAUGAAACAGGGCAUGCUGUUAAUGGAAAAUAAACCUCUCAGUGGUAAGAGUAACAGAGCCACCUCUCACCACCCAUAGUUGAUUAUUUACUUAUAGCAGUACGCCCCCAAGUGUUUUAUUCCUUACAUGUUGUGAAGCAAGAAAAAUACUGGCUUGGAAUAUUCAAUCAAGAUGUGUAUUUCCAAGAAAUACAAAGUUUCAAAUAUGAUGUUUUAAAUAUUAAGGAAGUUUUGUAUGAUAAACCUAUUCUACACCCCCAAAACAAAAGAAAAAAUUCAAAUACAGUCUUUUUUCUGUUUAGAUUAUUUUAUUAUCAUUAAAAUCAAAAUAUCAACAUUUUAAUCAUAUACACGCGAGAAUGCAUUUUAACGUAAGUGCAGCUCCUUCAAAAUGUACUCAUAUGUAUAAAGUUUAUACAUUUUAAACUGAUGUGGACGCAGCCAGCAGUGGUUAUUCAGACACUGACGAGACGGACAGAGCACGAAGAUACAUUCACUCCCUCUAUAACGUAACCACUCGCAUCUCGGCUUUAAGAAGCGCUCCUCCCUCUUUAAAGAACUUCCAGUGUAGAGCUGAAUUUGGAGACGGAUAGAAAGAUUUUGCCGCAUGUAAGCCAAGAGGAGGUGCGUAGUGGAAUUUAACCUGAACACCCUGUGAGUGAAGCGAGAGUGUGCCACACAAAUGUUUAGUCAUAGAAAAUGUUAAAGAAUUUCCUAGUGGAGGGUUACCAGUGACUCGUAUCCGCUGUACAAUGGAAGGAGUGCUGCUAUAUACCCUGCCCCCAACAUAUUUAACCGUAUAUACAGCUGCUGAGUAAGUGUUUCAUAUGGUACAAUGAGUGAAACCGCCAAUGAUCUCUUCCCUCUAACCCCGCAGUGGAUUUACACCUUUUGUGAACUGCAGUGUUUCUAUACAAGCCUAUAUGACAGCGGCGGGUCAAAUUUACAGCCAGAACAAGCGCAUCUACCACACGGCAUUCACGAAUGAAGCUUUUUCCUGUCACACUGAGAUCAAUAAUAAAAUAAAAAUGUCAUAACCGUGUAAAACUGCAUGUUUAAUUCUGACAGAGAACAGAAAAAGAUUAGACAAUGAUGGUUACAAUAUUAACAUGAAUCAUAAGACAAUAAGGCAACAAAUCAUAUGCUGGUUCUAGUUCUAAUGUACAUGGUUUGAGAAGGGAAAACUGAGGCCCAGCACAAAGAGAUGGAAAAAAAAAAAAAAAGGGAAUCUUUUAAAAGAUUAAGUGAGGGGAAGUGCCUUUUCGUAAA